AUGAAUGAAGAGUUUAAUGGCAAAAGAUUCAAAAAAGCUACUGAAUUGGAUGUUAAACAGAAGUUAUCAAUUUAUGGGACCAUUAAAGCAGUCAGAAUUAUCAGAGACGGCAUUGGUGUAUCAAAAAGAUACGGUUUUGUGACUUUUAAUCUAGAAGACGAUGCCAAGAAAGCAAUGGAAAAAAAUGAAAUCAUUCUGAAAGGUAGGAAAUUACAUGUCGCACCAGCUGUUAAAAAGAAGAACAAUUAUUCAGAAACUAGCACAGACCACUCUUCUGAAGCUUAUUCACUUGAAAAAUAUCCAGUUUCAUCUAGAAGCUAUGAAUAUCGAAAUUCAAGAAUGCAAGAAUUUAAACAAUUUGAUCAUUCUUCAGGAAACGAUGGAUUUCCACAAUUUUCUAAUUUCUAUAUGGAAAGCGGUCAGUGUUAUGGUCUUACAGAUAUGAUAUCACCCUACGGGAACCCACAGAUGAAUUUACUUUCUUACCCAACACUGGUUUAUGUACCACAACAAGCUUUGCAAUAUGCUGGAACUACAGCUCCAAUCUACCUCGGUGCAUCAGUACCAGAAGUUCUUCAACUAAUUCCUGCAUCUAUGUGCUGCAUAAAUAGACAAUAAUAGAAGAUAUUAUGUUCUGCUUUCAAGAAAGAAACAUAUAAAGAACCAAAAAAUAUAACUCUGGAGUGUCACAAGUACAAAAUGCUU